AUAGUUAUAAGUAUAUUUAUCCUUUUUAGUUUUAAUUUUAAAAUGAUAUUGUGUUUGCUGUGAAGAUGUAUUGGAGAAAGUUUUCACCACCAGCAACUUUAUCAUCUAGUGAUUGGACAGUUGAACCAAGAGUCAGCAAAACAAUAGUCAAUAAACAUGAACACAAAGGAAAUAAAAUUAAAACUACAAAAUACACCAUAUUAACUUUUAUACCUAAAAAUUUAUUUGAACAGUUUCAUCGUUUUGCUAAUGUAUACUUUUUAUUUAUUAUAAUACUUAACUGGAUUCCACAAGUUAAUGCAUUUGGGAAAGAAAUUGCAAUGUUUCCUCUCAUUUUUGUUCUGGCUGUUACUGCAUUAAAAGAUAUAUUUGAAGAUAGACAAAGAUAUUUAUCUGACAAGAUGGUGAACAAUUAUAUUUGCAGCGUCUAUGAAAGUGAAGAAGCUAAGUUUGUUUCCAGUAAAUGGAAAGAUGUGUGUGUUGGUGACAUCAUUGAAUUAACUAGUGAUUCAUUAAUUCCUGCAGAUAUGUUGUUAUUAUACUCAAGUGAUGAAAAUGGUCUUUGUCAUAUAUCAACUGCAAAUUUAGAUGGUGAAACCAACUUAAAGCAAAAAGAAAUUCCUAAAGGUUUCUUAGAGAAUGACAAACAAUUUUCUGUACGUAAUAUUGAUUUUAAAGUGAAGUGUGAAAAGCCAAAUAAUAUUCUGCAUAAUUUCUGUGGAUCUAUUCUUUAUAAAAAUGGAAAAGAAACAGGUGUUGAUGGAAACCACCUGCUUUUGCGUGGAUGUGUUGUGAAAAAUACAGCAUCUGUUAUUGGUCUAGUACUUUAUGCUGGGCAUGAUACAAAAGUAAUGCUAAACAACAGUAGUCCACGUUAUAAGCGAAGUCGUUUAGAAAAAGAUAUUAACAAAGAUGUAAUAGGCUGUGUGUUCAUUCUUUUUGUAUUUUGUACAGCAGGAGCAAUAGGUUGCAGUGUUUGGGCAAAAGAAUAUAAUUCAUUUGAAACUAUAUUUUCUACUCAUAAAUCAGAAAAACCACCUUAUGAAGGGUUUUUGCGGUUUUGGACAUUUAUUAUUGUUUUGCAGGUGAUUAUUCCAAUAUCUCUUUAUGUUUCUGUUGAAAUUGUAAAACUUGGUCAAGUGUAUUUUAUCAAUAAUGACAAAGAAAUGUUCUAUGAAAAGACUGCUCAGUAUCCUAUCUGCAGGGCUACUAAUAUAAAUGAAGAUUUAGGACAAAUACAAUAUGUGUUUUCAGACAAAACUGGAACUCUAACAGAAAAUAAAAUGAUUUUCAAAAGAUUUUCAAUUGGCGGAGUUCUAGGAACACAUAACUCCGGAUUAAAUAAUGAAGGAGAGAGUCUUUGUAAAAAGGAUGCUGAAAUGUUGUUAGCCAAUAAAGAUUCUACAUUUUUAAAUAUAUGGGAUGAAUUUUUUACUGUGUUGACCAUCUGUAACACAGUUGUUGUUUCUAGUCAACCUUCUGUACCAACUGAAACUAAUAGUAAAUCAUACUUUAUAAAAAGUGAAUCAAAACGUAGGUUUUCUUCAAGUGUUAUACAGCGUUCAUCAAUUAAUUCAAACGGAAAGCUGAAAAGAGCCCAAACGUUACCUGAUGUUACAGUGGAUCAAAGUAUUGAUGAUAUAGCAGAAGAAGAUAGUAUUGAGUUGAAUGAUUAUUUGCAUGUAACACGACGUGUAAGAAUAUUUUCUAAAGUCAUUUCUGAUAGACUUUCACGAAGUAUUGAUAGUAUUAAUAGUUGGCUUGAUUGUGGACUAACUCCCACAUAUGAAUUUGAAUCACCUGAUGAAGGAGCAUUAGUCAAAGCUGCUUCUUUGUAUGGUUAUAAAUUGGCCAAUCGUACACCAGAGCAAAUUUUUUUUGCAACACCUUCUGGUGAGAUAAAAGUAUUUGACAUACUUCAUAUACUUCAAUUUGAUUCUCAGAGAAAAAGAAUGUCUGUUAUAGUCAGAGAUGAUGCUGGUCUCAUUAAAGUUUAUAGCAAAGGUGCUGAUUCAGCAUUUCUAAACUUUUUGAAGGAAGGUCAAGAGAAAAUUCAAACAGUUACAGAUCAGCAUUUAGAAGAGUUUGCUAAGGAGGGUUUACGAACUUUAUGCAUUGCUAAAAGGGAUCUUACAACUGAGCAAUAUAACAGUUGGUUAGAAAAGCGUCAUCUGGCUGAAAGAUCACUGACAAAUCGUCAUACACUACUUGCCUCUUCUGCUGAACUUAUAGAAACAGACUUUCAGCUACUGGGUGCAACAGCUAUAGAAGAUAGACUUCAAGAUGGAGUUCCAGAAACAAUCGCCAGUUUACGCUAUGCUGGAAUUAAAGUAUGGAUUCUUACAGGUGAUAAACAGGAAACAGCUGUAAAUAUUGGCUUUUCAAGCAAGUUAAUUGAUUCCAGUAUGGAAAUAAUUACCCUGAAUUCAAAAUCCAAGGAAGAAUGCAAUGAAUUGCUUGAACAGAUUCAGCAGCGAAUAAGUACUACUUGGCCAGAAAACAGUGUAGUAAUUAAACACCCAAGAGGCAAUAUCAAUACAGGAAGACCGCCACUUGCAUUGAUUGUAGAUGGUGUUACACUUACUUUUGCUUUAGAAAAACCAUUAGAUAAAAAGUUUGUUGAAAUAGCUCGUUAUUGUGAAUCAGUAAUAUGCUGUCGCGCUGCACCAUUACAAAAAGCUGCUGUAGUUAGCUUGAUUCGUGAAAACCUUAAAGUGAUGUCUUUAGCAAUAGGCGAUGGAGCAAACGAUGUAAGCAUGCUACAAAUGGCUGAGAUUGGUGUUGGAAUUGCAGGAGAAGAAGGUGUUCAAGCUGUAAUGGCAAGUGAUUUUGUUCUUGGACGAUUUCGUUUUUUACAAAGACUUCUUUUGCUUCAUGGUUUUUGGUGCUAUGAUCGUACUGCAAGAAUGAUUGUCUAUUUUUUCUACAAAAAUGCAAUGUUUGUUUCAUUGCUUUUUUGGUAUCAACUUUAUAAUGGUUUUUCUGGUUCAAAUGCAAUUGAUGACAUAUCUCUUAUUUUAUUCAAUUUAAUUUUUACAUCAUUACCUCCAAUUAUAUCUGGCAUUUUUGAUCAAAGCCUCAGCGCUGAAGCUGUUAUAAAAAGACCAUUACUUUAUCAAUGGGGCCAGUUUGGUAAAGGAUAUUCAAGAAAAUUGUUUUGGAUAUCAGUGCUUGAUGCAGUAUAUCAAAGUUUGGUCUUGUACUUUAUUACUAUGUACUCUUAUUUCGACCUUCCUUUUGGAAUGUUAGUGGUUGGAAUUACAUACCACCAGUUGGCAGUACUAACAGUAUCACUUCAUAUAGCUGUUGAAACUCCUAAUUGGACAUGGAUUCAUGGUGUUGUUAUAUUUGGCAGUGCUAGUAUUUCAUAUAUUUAUUUUAUAAUCUUUUGUGCUAUUGAUCCACUUAUAAACAUUUAUUGGGGUGUUUAUGAAGUCAUGUCAUCAUCUCAGUUUUGGUUACUUAGUUUUAUUUGUCCAAUUAUUGCAUUGUUACCAAGAUUGGUGUACCGUGCAUUUGCAAACACAUUAAGACCCUCUAUAAUUCAAUUGGUUAGAAAAAAGUAAUAUAAUGUAUUU